UGGAUGAUUCUAGGAGCAACUUGAGGAGAUAUCUGAUGUUAAUUUCUUUAUGCUUCUAUAUCCAGUCCAGUUAUGGAGCCGGGGAUAGUAAUAGUAACAUAUCCAGAGAAGAAGACAUGGAGAUUGAAAGGCAACUUAAAAUUCUCAAUAAACCUCCUGUCAAAACAAUAGUUAACAAACAUGGUGACAUUAUAGACUGCAUUGACAUCUUCAAGCAACCUGCUUUUGAUCAUCCACUGUUGAAGGAUCAUAAAUUCCAGAUGGAACCAAAUUUUAAUGGGGAAGGAAAGACUAGUAAAAUAGGUUCAUCCGAGGCAUCAAGGACUCCAUGGUUAGAGUUUAAGCUUCCGAGAGAAAUGUGUCCGCCAAGAACAGUGCCUAUCCGAAGGACCAUGAAAAGAGAGCUGAUACUUGGUUCUAAAUAUCGUAAGGAAAAGACUAGACCAAACAACUUGGAAACACUUGCGCCUAUGUCUCAUCAUUUUGUGUCACUGGAACCUACGGAAGGAAAAAAAUACUAUGGAGGCCAAGUUGCUAUUGGUAUACACAAUCCAACAGUAUCUCCAGAGCAAUUCACCCAAGCACAAAUGUGGAUUCAGGACGGUCCGGAAGCAGAAAAGAUUAGCAUAGAGAUCGGAUGGGCCGUAUAUCCAGAACUCUUCGGCGAUAAUAUCACCAGAAUAUUUUCCUAUUGGACUGCUGAUGGUUAUCAAAGAACGGGUUGAUGCGUGUUAAAGUAUAUCGUGAACAGAAAAGUGGUAAUUGGUGGUUAUCCAUUGACCGCGAAAUGAUAGGGUACUGGCCGAAUGAGCUCUUUACUCAUCUAGCACACGAUGCUUCUCUUGUCAGAUACGGUGGAAUAGCAGGGGCAGUAUCCGGAAUCCCAAGUGCUUCAGUGGGAAAUGGAAAUUUGCCAUCGAUCAGUUUUAGUAUCAAACAGUCCGGAUGGAUGAAUGAAAUGAAGGUCUAUAAUGAAUCAGGAUUACCUGUUUUCUUCGACUUUUAUAAAGUAUACAAGAAACAAGAUACAACAGCGGAUUGUUAUAACCUUAACUACAUAUUUUCUAAUUACAACAAGUUUA